AUGAGUUCCUGUCGUGUCACUUUUUACUGCGCGUUUGCCGCAUUGGGUUCAUUUUUACUCGGCUAUGACUCGGGCGUGAUCAUUUCCAGUAUUGAGCAGGAGGCGUUUCUCCACCGGUUCGGGUCUCCAUACCUGUCUGGUGCCGCGGCGGGAGGCAUUAUCUCCUCCUAUAUCGGCGGCGCAAUCGUGGGAUCAUUCCUCGCUCCGUAUGUAUCGGACCCCUAUGGUCGCCGAAUGGCCAUUUUUGUUGGUGGCAUUUUGGCAACUUUGGGUGCUGCUCUACAGGGAGGCGCGGUCACUCUCGCGAUGCUGAUCGCCGGUCGAUCCAUCGCGGGUUUUGCAAUUGGGCACAUGUCUGCCAUAAUCCCCGUCUAUUGCAGCGAGCUUGCCCCGUCGCACAUUCGUGGGAUGCUGGCAGGCAUGCACCAAUGGAUGAUUGGCUUAGGGGUCAUAAUUGCUCAAUGGGUGGGAUAUGGGUGUUCUCUUCGGGGCGGAAUCUUCUCCUGGCGCUUUCCCCUCUCUUUCCAGGUCGCCCCGGCUAUAAUUCUCACUUGUGGUAUCUGGUUCCUUCCAGAGUCGCCAAGAUGGCUCAUCGAACAGGGCAGAGAGGAAGAAGGCCGUUCCGUUCUCACCCGGUUACAUCUCAACCGAACCGCAACUGAUCGCCACCUCCUGGAUUAUGAGCUCUCACAAAUCUACCAGACUCUCGCAUCCGAAAAGCUCUCCAUUGUGCGAUCGUGGAGUCAGCUCCUCCUAUCCUCGCGCUGGCGCCACAGGAUACUUCUAGCCUGUGGCUUGCAAAUAUUCACACAGUGUACAGGUGCGAGCGUGAUCCAGAACUACGGCCCGCAACUCUACAAAACCCUCGGUCUUUCAACAUCAACUUCUCUCAUGAUCCUUGGAGUCUGGGGUGCGCUGGCGCAGUUUUGGUACACGCUCUUCAUGUUCCUCGUCGACAAAGUUGGCCGUCGGAAAUUACUUAUCCCAUCACUAUUCGGUAUGGGAACAGCCUUGUGUAUCGAAGCCACGCUCGCACGGUACGUCGAUUUCAGCGACCCCAACGCCAACCCGAAUUCCCUGCGCGCCGCCAUCGCCAUGUUCUUCGUGUUCUCGUUGUGCUUCACCGCUGUGGGUAUGAUUUCCUGGAUCUACCAGACUGAACUCUUCCCUACCCCUAUUCGAUCGCGCGGCUCAUCCAUCGCGACGGCUACAAACUGGAGCAUGAGUCUUAUAUUGGCGCAGUGUUCGCCUAUUGCACUUACGGAUAUCGGGUCCAAGUAUCUCUAUUGCUUUGUUGCAUUCAACUGGACUGCGAUGGGCCUUGUUUGGGCGUUUUAUCCUGAGACCGCUGGUUGUUCCCUUGAGGAGGUUGAAGAGACUGUCGCGCUCCAGUUCGGGGGUGAGAAGCGUGGCAGCUUCACAGUUCCAGAGGUCACUCCGACUGCCGUACCGCGCUCGCAGAUCCGGCAUAAGGGCUUGCAUCCGCUUUCCAUGAAUCCCACAUGUUUUUACGACAUGGCUAGUCUUGACAGCAUUGCUAGCGGUGAUAGUCGAUCUAAGAAGGGGACCGCGGCGAAGGGGGUUUAG